CAUAUUAAAUUGAUCAAUUUCAACUUAUAUAUAAAUUUUAGAAGGCUGAAAAUUAUCAUUUUGCCUAGGGCCCAGAUAAUCAAAACUGAGGUUGCUUCCCUCCCUCCAUCUCUCACGUACAGUCAAGCAGCCACACGCCUCGUCGAACCACUGUAGCGGGCAACCCUCUGUCCCACACUUCACCAUUUUUAAAACCUUGUGUCUGAUUCAUAAGAGAAUAGUAAAAAGCUUUGGGAUUUUUUAUGACUUUUGUCGGGCUUUUGCUAGUUCAGUUGAACAAGUAGGGCAUUGUUUGCUCCUCUCACGUGCAAUAAUACCUUUGGGGCUUUGUUUCAAGCGGUCUUCUUCCCCUUUUGGGCCGGUACGCUGCUCUUAUUGGGAUCUUAAAAGAAUUGACAAAAUUACUGUUGAAUUAUUUUUUUGGAUAAGUACUUCCUCCGUUCCAUAAUACCCGUUACAUUUUCUAUUUUUGGCAACUUCAUAUUACUUGCUGCAUUUUCGUUUUUAGUAAUAAAACAAUCAUUUAAAGUUCUACCAACCCCUAUGUUUAUCCUACUCUAUACUCUAUACUUUAUAAUAAAAUACUAUACUAUACUCUAUAAAGUAACCUAACAACCUAUUUUUUCUUUUUCUUUUUCAAUUAACAAUAAUAAAAUAAUAUACUCUAUAAAGUAAACAAUUAGCUACAGUGUAGGUCAAUCACUUUUCUUAAUCCCCGUGCCCAUGCAAAUGUAACGACUAAAACGAAACGGAGGAAGUAUAUUACUCUGUUCUAAUAAAUUUAUUUUAUUUAUUUAUUUUUAUUCGUGUUAAAAAAUAUUUUCAUUUUUAUUUUUUGACUAAACAUCAACCAAUUAUUCUAUAUUCUAUUUCUUAUUUCUAAAUAUCAUACCAUUUUAACCUACUCUAUUCAACUCUAUGUGUCAAAAGUAAACGGGCAAAAUGACUGUGACGGAGGAGUACUCCUCUAUCCCACUCCAUUUGUACAAUUUUUCAUUUUAGUUCGUCCCGAUACAAGUGUCCUAUUUUCAUUACACAAAUUACUGUAUAAGGUGGUCACUAACUCACUAUGAUAGGCACCCCAAACAUACGUUAAUAGUCUAACUAAUACAAAUUAUAAGAAUAUGAAAUUCUUGUUCUAAGGUCAUCUCACCGAGAGAAGGUCUCUCAACAAUUACUGUAUAAGGUGGUCACUAACUCACUAUGAUAGGCGCCCCAAAUGUACGUUAAUAGUCCCACUAAUACAAAUUAUAAGAAUAUGAAGUCCUUAUUUUAGGUCAUUUCACUGAGAGGCGGUCUCUUACAAGAAUUCCUAAUUUUAUUUUUCAAUAUGACUUCACUACUUUUUACUUUGUAUCUCAUCUCUUUUAUUUUUAGAUAUCUCAUCAUUUAACAUAUUAUAGUAUAUUUCUUAGUCUCUGUAUUAAAAGUAAAUGAGCAAAAUAAGUGAGACGAAAGAAUAUGAAGUUAAGUUGGUAGGACUUUGACGGUACUGUUUCUUAUCCGGAGCAUUUCACAUUGAUAACCUGACCCAAAAUUGUUCCUUGUCACGUGUACGGUCCUACACAUUGCUGAACCUUUUUUUUUUUCUAUGGAUCUGAUUAAUUACUUCUGUACCCGUUCAUCAUCGGGUCGGAUAGGGCAAAGACAAGAAGAUGCACUUUGUAUAAAGAAAUGUCGUUGGAUGAAGUACUUCUUAAAUUUAUUACAAGCAAAUAAAGGGAUAAUAGAUUACAUAUGUGAAUACAUUAUAUAUUAUUGUUGUAUAUAUCUUGAGUCGACCGGAGAUUUGUAAGGGCGUUGGUUAUGUUAUGUGUGGCUACGUAUAUAUGAACUUGCUUUGGGAGCUAAGGAGUUUAAAUGAGUGAGAGAGAAAAAGCUUAGUUUUGAAUCCAAAAGAUAAAUUCAACUCGGAUUUAAAAAAUAUUUCAAAGUUUUUGAAUCUAGAAGUAAAAAUUGAGUCGACUUUUAAUGAUCAUGAUAAACGACUUAACUUUCAUGUGAUGUAUAGGUUUUUGGCUAAAAUUAAGAAUUAUAUAUAUCACAUAAAUUUUGGGUCUUUUACCGGUCUAAAUUCGUCUAUAAUUGUUCAGGAUUUUAAUUAUUCCAAAAGCUUCAAUUGAUAGUUGCCAAUAUAUAUAUAUAUAUAUAUUCUAUCACGCUUCCUAUCAUGAGAGCCUUUUGGGCUUCAAUAUGGAUAAAAUCAUGAAACACAUCAUGAUAUUGAUGAUUACAUACAUAAUGCUAUAUAUUCCACUUAAAAUAAAUGAUAAAUGAGAUUCAAACCAUGAUCAUUCUAACACGUUGUAAUGUUGUAUCAAAUAAUCACCUCUAUAUUAGGGCAAAGCAAAGCUAGGGGCAAGGUGGGGGAUUUUACAACACUGCACAUGGGAAGAUGGCCAUCGAUGCUCAUGCUUAUGUUCACGUUAUUCUAUCUCUCUCCCCUCAUCAUCAAAGCCUCACAGCUCACCAUCCAUUUUUCUUUCUAUAUUUCACGCACAUAUACAUACUAGCAUGCAUCCUCCCAUUCUAGUCUAUACUUUAUACUCUACUUCCUCCGUCCUUUAGAUUCUGCGUCUCUGAUCAUAUAAAAUAGUUAAAUGAGGCAAAGUCAAAGAAACGGAAUAGUACAAGUUAGAGACAUGUAUUGAUUCUAUCAUGGAUGAACUUCUCUUACAAUUUAAGGAUAUAUUCCUAUGUUCUUGUUUCUCACUAAUCUUGCUAAGAUACUUAUUCUCUUUGAAGUAUUAGAGUAAGCUUAGUAAUAGUGAAACUAUAUAGAGCAUCUCAACAUUGAACAAGAUCUAGAUCUUCUAAAUCUUUUUGUGAUUAGAAAAGUGCUCCAAAUAUAUAUAUGAUGAUUGAAAAGAUCAUGUUUGAUACUUAUUAUAAUUAUAAAUAUUGGUUUUGUAUGAAUUUAGUAUACACUAAAUAUAUAAUGUGGAUCUACGUUAGACUUUAUGAAAUAUAGAUAAGAAAGUGAGUUAAUGGAACGCAGAGUGAAGAAUGUAGGCUUAUGAACAACGAAUUGGUGAGUAAUGUACAGUAAAAUUGUUGUGCACGAAGUUUUAUUACACUUAUGUGUAACACCUCAACCUCCCUUCGAUCGAUGGUGACUACCCAUAGCUUUUGUAUAUUGACUUUAAAAAACCAACACUAUUUUUUGGGUUUAUUUUUGUCAUGAUUUGUGCUCACCCUAAGAACUACUUCGAAGGUUACUUAUCUUGAUUCUAUUCUACAUACGCCUAACUAAAAAUAUUGAUGCAACACAUGUCCUCCUUAUAUUUGGUGCGAUAUAUUCUACUUGAAUUUGAAGGGGUGAUUCAGUUUCGAACCGCUACCUCUUCUCACGAUGGAUGCUGAAUUGUUUUAUACUAUGUCAAGAAACCAACUCAACCAAAAUAUAUUAUAUACUCUAAUAACUUAUCUUAAAACUACUUCACGUCAAACAUGUUUAACAAUGGAUAUCUUAAGAAAUAAACUUGCCCUAAACAAAUUCACUUUGUUGAUAUGAACAAUACUUAUUAGUAUUUAAAAUCAUUCUUUUUAAUUUUAAUAUCUACUGAGUAUAUUUUACAAGUAAUUGCAUGGAAAUAAUAUACACAAUUGACAAUAGUGAUGACAAUUCUCUUAAUCGCAUAAACUUUCACUCACUCAUAAGUCAUAACUCAUUUCCUUAGAAACACAACUCACUUAUUUUGUAAAUUAUGAAUACAAAAUAAAUCAAAAAAAAAUAUUAUUUAUGAAAACAGUAAAUUUUUCUAAAAAGAAUUAAAACUCUUACACUACGAGAAAUCAGGAAAGACUCAGAGGUUUUCAAAACAAAUUUGACGAUUUGAUAUUUAUCUAACUUUAUAAUCGAAUCUAACUUGACUCGAUUUUAAAAUAAUUUGUAACUAUACAAAAUCAAUAGUGGACAUUAAAUUCAAUUUUAAAUCGAUCCGAAAUCAAUCGAUUACCUGAAUGAAAACCUCACCGAUGAGAAAAGAUGAGGAAAAUACCAAAAGGCAAAAGGUCACGUCGGCACGUGGAGGAUGAUUCUCUUAGCGGAGUUAAUUAAUAAAAAAAUAGUGGCGACUUUACAGUAAAACCGUUGAGUCCCCCCAACUUCUCUACAGACUGUUGCUAGCUGUCUCUUAAUCCCUCCCCCAUGUGACCGCCUUCUUAUUUUCAUUUGCACCACUAUUUUUUCUACUCAAAUAAACAAAUCAUUUCUUAUUUUCUAAUUUUAAAUACAUGUUCAUUCAUACUUUAUAUGGCUAUACUAUCACUCAGCUCUAUAAAUAUUUGGUGGGAAAAUUUAAAAAAUAAGACAAAAAAAUAAUAUGAGUAGUAGAAGAAAUAUGUGGAUGAUGAGAUGAAAAUAUAAAUUGAUUGUGUAGAUGAUGAUAAAAAGAAUGUAUGACAUCACUAAAAGUAAAAUUAAAAUAAAAUAUAUUGAGACGAACUAAAAAGAAAAUUAAAGAAAGUUUGUCAACCUAGCUAUAUAGUAUAUUCUUAUUUUUAUGAUUGUUUGGUGUUGGUCGAAAAUUCCGACUAAAUACUUAUUGUUUGUACGGUAGUCAUAAAUCCCGACUAAAUUUCCUACUAAAUGAAGCAAUCUUAGUUGAAAUGGUACUAACUAAUUUUCCGACUAGCAUAAGAAUUAUUGAUACUAUUCAUUUUUUAAGUUUAUUUUAUAUAUUGCGGUUAAUGUGUUAAAAAAUAUAGUCAAGUGUAAUCUUUUUUGAAUCGUCUAAUCGAAUACUUUCAUAAUAUCAAUUUUUUAUAAUUUUUAGUUAAGCAUGACGACUAAAAAUAUAAAUUAUCAAAGUUACGCAUUGAAUUGCGUAAAAAGUGAAAUGUAGCAAUUAUAAUGAAACAGGGAAAAUAAAAUUUAAAGAAAUUGUGAUGAAAAGGAUUUUACAAUUUGAAAGCCGAAUAUCCUAGUAAAAGUUAAAGUUGAAACAAAUUUGGACUUUUGGUAUAAGUAAAAUUUAAACAUCUAAAAAUCAAUUUGAAUUUGACUUAUUGUAAAUUUCUAAGUUAAAACAAAAACAUAGCCAAUGAUCAUUUUGCACACAAAGAAUUUAUAAAAAAAAAAAAGGUUAGGGAAGAAGAAUAAAUUAUUUCAUUAAUACUUCUUCGGUCCUUAUAAAUUUGUUACCUAUUAGAGAUAAUAUAUAUAUUGUCAAAACAAAUACCUUACUCAGUAGCAAAUUUAUAAAGAUUCACCAAAUAUAAAGCCUUUACUCAUUUAGAGUAAUUAUUACUUCCACUAAAUAAAAAUCUUUAUUUAAUUCUCACUUAGUCAUUGUCUUUGAUUAACCUAUCCUCUUAUACAUCAACAUAAAAAAUAUACACAAAUUUUUGUGAGAGACAGUUUCUUUGAUAAGACUAUAUCUAAUUUAGUCAGUCAAUUAUUACUUUCUCCGUUCCAUAUUAAUUACAAUAUUAAAAAAAAUGACACUAAUUAUUCAUCGCUCUUAAUUUGUGAUUAAUUAUUGAUCUAUAAGUUAAAAUAUAAUGAAGUGAGAUCUUGUUUGAUUUGUCUCAUUGCAAAAAUUAUUAAUAUUAAAAUUUUUUUAAUUAUUUAUCAAACAUAAUUAAAGAUAUUAAGAAUUAAAUUAAAGCAUAUCAAUUUAAUGAAGUUUUUAUGGGCUAAGCCUCUGACAACCGAAAAGAAUAUAGAGAGCUUACUUAGAAGUUAGAAUAAUGAGUUUUUGGCAAUCCACUUUAAUACACCAUCUUAUCCUCCUCUAACUCCAUUUCUAAGGGAUACCCAAAUUUCAUAGCACAAAACCCACCAUUUUUGUACCUCCAUUUCUUCCCACCCAAAAGAUCAAAUGGCACAAUUACCCCCCAAGAUCCCCAACAUUCCUCCCCAAACAUACCCUCCAUUAUCUUUCUCACCUCACCAAAAACCCCUUACACCUCCGUUAACAAACACUCCCAACAACACCAAUAAUCCAUCAUGGGUCGACGACUUCCUCGACUUCACAUCCACCCGACGUGGGACCCACCGCCGAUCCGUAAGCGACUCCAUUGCCUUCCUUGAAGCAGCUCCUUCUGGUUGUGGUUUUGAUAAGCUUGAUGAUGAACAGUUAAUGUCAAUGUUUUCUGAUGAGAUUUCAGCAGGAAUUCAGGGUAUGGUGGGCCCCAUUUCUUCACAUAAUUCUGAUGAAGAUUCAAAUGAUGAAGAAAAAACAGUUAUGUCCACUGAUGAUAAUAAUAAAGAUUGUGAUAAUAAAGAGAAUAAUAAUGAGAAGGUUUUUGAAUGCUUACUUAAAAGUGAGCCUGGUGAAGUUGAAAGUGUUUGUAAAAUUGUUUCUGAUAAUUAUCAAAUCUCUGCUAAUUCUUCGGAUAAUAAUGCUAAUCAACAAUCUGAUCAUAGUGAUAAUUACGUUGAUCCUAAGCGUGUUAAGAGAAUUUUGGCGAAUCGACAAUCGGCGCAAAGAUCAAGGGUGAGGAAAUUGCAAUACAUAUCGGAGCUUGAGAGAAGUGUAACGACAUUACAGACGGAGGUAUCAGCCUUGUCUCCAAGGGUUGCGUUUUUGGACCAUCAGAGAUUGAUUCUUAAUGUGGACAAUAGUGCUCUUAAGCAAAGAAUUGCUGCUUUGGCUCAAGAUAAGAUUUUUAAGGACGCACAUCAAGAAGCAUUGAAGAAGGAAAUAGAGAGGUUGAGGCAAAUAUAUCAACAACAACAAAGUCUGAAGAAGAUGAACAUAAACACUAGCCCUAAUAACACUCCACAUGCACUUUCUUCACCAUCUGAUCAUAACAUGGCUUGUACGGACAAAGAGCAGCUUAUGACUUAGUCUGAUCUUCAACUACCAAUUAUUAUUCCUCCAACAAACUUUAACAUUUUUUUUAAUUAUAUAUAUAUAUAUAUAUAUAUAUAUAUAUAUAUAUAUAUAUAUAUAUAUAUUGUGUGUGUGAAAAAAAAUUGUUAGUAGUAGUGAAUACUACUAGUGGUGUUCAUGGUGGUGGGAUUAGCUAACCUGUUCAUUUCACAUGAUAUGUUCCCUUUUUCAACCUUUUUCGUUUUAAAAAAAAUUAUUGAAUUUUUUUAUGAUAUUUUAAUAGAUUCCUUUAUUAGGGGUAUGGCCGGAGGAUUUGUUAUAGGCAAGAGGGAAUAAGAUAUUUUUUAUUAGGCGGUAAGAAUCGAACUCUAUAAGAUUGAAAAUAAAGGUUUUGGGAUCAGCCUGUAAUUCUCGUUUAUUAAUUAGAUUUGGAUGAUCGGAGGAUGGAAAACUGACACAUGUCUCACAAGUAUUGGGUUUAGACUCUAGAACAUUGUUUUGGAUUUUUUUUUUUGUAAUUUUUUUUUUUGUAAUUUUUUUUUUUUUUGUAAUUUUUUGAGGUAAUUGUUAUUCUUUUAGUAAAAAGAUUAUUUUGGGAGACAGGAAAAGGGUAUUGGGAUGUAUAAAAGGAAGAAUGUGGAGGCUGUCAGUUUGACUGAAUGUGUUUCAAUGUCUCGUUGUGGUUAGUGGUAACAUCUUUUCAUUAUUUGUAAUAGUUUUCUACUUUUAUUAUUUUUUUUUGGAAAAAAAAUUCAUAGAUAUGCAAUUGUAUAAAUAAUUUCAAUUUAUUUAAGAAAAAAAAGCUCCAAAUAAUUUGCAUUGUGUAUAAUUUUUUUGUCCAUUUUCAUUCAAUAAUAUAAUGUUGUUUAAAAAAGCCAAAACUAUAAUUCUAAGAAUGACACUUCAAGCCUCUAAUCAAUUGAGCUUAUCAACUUACGCUACAUCCCAUCAAAAGAAUAUAAGUAUUAC